AUGGCGUCGAAGACAAGAGAAAUCGGUUGUCAGGGGAGAACAAAGUAUUAUACCAAGCCGGCCGCACACAUUUCCAAGCCAUGCUUCCCUGAAGCCAAGUUUUGCUCUGGAAGAACUGAUCAUCUAUGUGAUCAUCAAUUGUCAUCAGGCAGUGAGCCGGUGGUGUGGUUGCCCAUCCUGGCUGCAUCCAAUCAAAAAGAGUCGGUAAUGGGUGCUACGGUCAGAACAUCAAUUGCGCCGUUGGCGGGCCGCGUUGCAAGCAGGAUCCACCAGAACUAG